AGGAAUUCCCAACUCAGCCCUCGGAAAACCUUCUUCUGCCCUUCCUCCAAUUUCCCCUUCUCGCCUCCCUUCUCUUGCCCUUUUCUUUUCCGAUUUUCCCCUUCUCUCCACCACCUCUGCCUCCCCUCUAAACCAAUUUACCCGCCCUUUUCAAACUCUGCUCUUUCUUCCUUCCGAUCCCUUUCUCAUAUAUGAAUUCUGGGUCGGUUUUGGAUUUCACUUUUUUGUUCCUUUUUGGCAAUCGGAGUUGGAUAUUUGUUCAUCUUUUUAGCAUCUUCUGCUAGUUAAACGCUAGAAAUUCGAAGUUCUAGCUGGAUCGAGCUAUCUUCAGGAGUCGAUCUUGGUUUGGAAAGCUAGGGUUUUUCUCUCCAUAUGCAGCUGGAAGUUGUGAUUGACGGUUUGGUUGCUUUCCCAAGCAGAUAUGGCUGAGCUAUCUUUACUUACAUAAAGCGUAGACUGAAAUACAGACAUUCAAAAGUAAGACAGAGGCUGUGUUCUGUUUCUUCUGCAUUGCUCUGUAGUUAUGAUGUUUAUGUAGUUGUUCAUAUAGUUUGUUUUACAUUUUCAACUCAGGCUGUAUUAUACCCAUAGAGCCACAAGAAUACUUACUAUUAUGUCACACAUAGUUUGUGCUUAAAAGUCUGUUCUUUAUCAUGCUGUGCUUUCAUGUUACACAUGCAUGGUUACAUUCAGCUGUUUUUAGGUAUUUGUAGGAAGACCGAAUGUAAGUACAUUAUAUUGCAAUUAAAUUUUGCAGUAGUAGAAGUGUAGAACAGCAAACAGUGAGCAGAUGCUUGGGCAAAACCACAAUUUGGGUCUUGAGCAGAACCAUCAGAUGUCACUGGGAGGACUUGGUCAUAGUGUGGGUAUGAGCCAGAACCAUGGUUUAGAGUUGGGGCAGGCUCAUGAGCAUGAUCUUAGAUUGGAGCAUGACCCUGGGAGUGAAAGUUUAGAACAGAGCCAUGAGGGGCAUGACGAACAUGGUUAUGAUGAGGAUCGUGAUAAACAUGGUUAUGAUGAGGAUCAGGAUAAACAUGGUUAUGAUGAGGAUCAGGAUAAACAUGGUUAUGAUGAGGAUCAGGAUAAACAUGGUUAUGAUGAGGAUCAGGAUAAACAUGGUUAUGAUGAGGAUCAUGAUAAACAUGCUUAUGAUGAGGAUGAGACAGGUGGGCUUACAAUGGAGCAAAAACCGGGGUCUGAGGGACAUGAAUUGGCUCUUGCUGGCGAGAACAAUGGUUUAGAUAUAUCUGAACACAAUGAGCUGGCUAUUGCAGAUCACCAAGAACAUGAUGAAAAUAUGGAUCUAGCAGUCGUUGAGAACCAUGAUAUGGGAAUUGAAUCUGCAGAUGACAUGAUUCAGAAUGGCCAGAUGAUACUUUCUUCCAAUCAUGUCCUCCAGGCUCGUAUGGUGCCUGCCACGCCUGAUUUCGAGCUUCAUGUAGGGCAAGAGUUCCCCGAUGUUAAGAGCUGCCGUAGGGCCUUGCGUGAUACAGCUAUUGCUCUUCACUUCGAAAUGCAGACCAUAAAAUCUGACAAAACUCGUUUCACAGCUAAAUGUGCCACUGAAGGUUGCCCUUGGCGUAUUCAUGCUGCAAAACUUCCUGGUGUGCCCACCUUCACAAUCAGAACCAUCAAUGAUAACCAUACAUGCGGAGGAAUAUUCCAUCUUGGCCAUCAGCAAGCUUCUGUUCAGUGGGUUGCUAGCUCUGUCGAACAACGCCUUCGGGAGAACCCUAACUACAAGCCAAAGGAGAUCCUCGAAGAAAUUCACCGUGUCCAUGGUAUCACUUUAUCGUACAAGCAAGCUUGGCGCGGAAAAGAACGGAUUAUGGCUGCAAUGCGUGGCUCCUUUGAAGAAGGAUAUCGCCUUCUUCCACAAUACUGUGAACAGGUGAAACGUACAAAUCCUGGAAGCAUUGCUUCAGUCUACGGAAAUCCUGCUGACGGUAGCUUUCAGAGACUGUUUAUAUCUUUUCAGGCAUCAAUAUAUGGUUUUCUGAAUGCCUGCCGGCCUGUCCUUGGCCUUGACCGGACAUUCUUAAAGAGUAAAUACCUUGGCACUCUGCUAUUGGCUACUGGGUUUGAUGGGGAUGGAGGACUGUUCCCUUUAGGCUUUGGUGUUGUUGAUGAAGAAAAUGAUGAUAAUUGGAUGUGGUUCCUUUCUGAACUUCAUGCUCUGCUUGAGAUCAACACAGAAAACAUGCCAAGGCUCACGAUUCUAUCUGAUAGGCAGAAGAGCAUUGUAGAUGGUGUGGAGGCUAACUUCCCUACUGCAUUCCAUGGUUUCUGUAUGCGUCACUUGAGUGAAAGCUUCCGUAAAGAGUUUAACAAUACAAUGCUUGUUAACUUACUAUGGGAAGCAGCUCAUGCACUCACAGUGAUUGAUUUUGAGGCAAAAGUCCUGGAGAUUGAAGAGAUAUCUCAAGAUGCUGCAUAUUGGAUCCGGCGUAUCCCACCACGUCUAUGGGCGACAGCUUAUUUCGAGGGAACAAGAUUUGGGCACCUGACUGCUAACAUAGUGGAGCAGCUUAAUACCUGGAUACUUGAGGCGUCUGGGCUUCCAAUAAUCCAGAUGAUGGAAUGCAUAAGAAGACAACUUAUGACCUGGUUUAAUGAGCGCCGCGAAAUUAGUAUGCAGUGGACAUCUAUUCUGGUGCCUACAGCAGAGAGGCGUGUUGCAGAAGCUCUGGAACGUGCCCGGACCUACCAGGUUCUGCGAGCUAAUGAAGCAGAGUUUGAAGUUAUAUCUCAUGAAGGAACCAAUAUUGUCGACAUUCGGAACCGCUGCUGCCUUUGUAGGGGAUGGCAGCUUUAUGGCUUACCCUGUGCACAUGCUGUUGCAGCCCUGCUUUCUUGCAGGCAGAAUGUACAUCGGUUUACAGAGAGCUGCUUCACCGUGGCAACAUACCGCAAGACAUAUUCUCAAACCAUACAUCCCAUUCCAGAUAAGUCAUUAUGGAGGGAGACUUCGAUGCUAAUAACUGAAGAGGAUGUUGAUGCUGUUAAAGUCAAUGAGGUUGUAAUUAAUCCUCCCAAGUCACUUCGUCCUCCUGGCCGUCCUAGGAAAAAAAGAGUUAGAGCAGAAGACCGUGGUCGUAUGAAGCGAAUUGUGCAUUGCAGUCGCUGCAAUCAGACUGGCCACUUUAGAACAACAUGUGCAGCACCAAUUUGACUCCUAAUUAUGGUGUGCAGCAUUUACUGUGAAAUCAACUGGGAAAAUCGUUUACAUAUGCAAAGACUUCUCUUGUAUAUCUCCGUUAAUUUUUAUUGGUUAGGUUCGCUGUUAUUACUGCAUUUGCUGUUUCUGAACUAGGAGAGCAAACUUGUUUAUCAGUCAAAGGUCUACAUUUAAACAUAAUAAUAGAAUGUAAAAAAAGAUAUAGUGACAAUUUAUGGCUUAUCACUCCUUUCAAAGUUUCUUUCCAGUGUAUAAAAUAUCGCUUUUUGAAAGUUCUCUAU